UCCAACUAUGAUUUCAUCGAUUCUUUCUCUGUAGCAGCAGCUGCUGCUGCUUCUCUUCUUUCAUCCAUGGCCGUUCUCAAUGUUUCAACAUUUUCAACCUUCUGCAACCCCCAAACCCUCAGCAACACAAAAUUCCCAUCAAAAUACAGCAACAAACCCAGAUUUCACAGAAUCCCAUUAUUCUCUCCCCAUUUUUUCAGCUCAAAGACUACAAAGUUUCAAACUUUUGCCCAAUUUGGACGACCCACCAACCGCCGCAACUAUCUCAGGAAGAAGCUCCUCCAUGAUAACCACCACCGGGUAAGUCCCAAUAAGCUUAUCACUGAUCCACCACCCUCUGAAUUCCACGAAAAAUCCACUAGUUUCAAUAAUGGGGUCGAAGAUAGUGUUUCUGAGGGCACUAAAGUUGAAAACUUUGAAGUGGAAAAACAACAAAAGUCUAAGUUUUCUUUGGGUGAGUCUGUUAUGUUGAAUAAGUUAGAGAAUUGGGUUGAACAGUAUAAGAAGGAUUUUGAGUAUUGGGGUAUAGGUUCUGGCUCUAUAUUCACUGUUUAUGAGGAUUCCAAUGGUGGUGUCAAAAGGGUAAUUGUUGAUGAAGAUGAGAUAUUGAGAAGGAACAAGGUUGAUAGGGAAGUGAUUGAUGAAUUCCCUGAAGUGAUUUAUAAGAUUUCGAAUGCUAAGAACAUGGCUAGGGAAAUGGAGAAAGGCAAUAAUGUAAUUUCAAGGAAUAGCUCUGUGGCUAAGUUUGUUGUUCAAGGGGAGGAGGUGGUGGCAGAGAGUGGUUUUGUCAGUGGUGUUCGUGGUUUUAUUGCUCAACCGGGAUUGCUUCUGAAGAUUUCGCGAGUUGGCGGCCGAGUAUUGUGUGUCUUGCUUGUGAUGUGGGCAGUGAAGAAGUUGUUUACUGUUGGAGGUGAGGAGGUCGAGUACACGGGAAUGGAGAAGGAAAUGAUGAGGAGGAAGAUCAAGGCGAGGAAGGAGAAAGAGGUUUUGGUGAAGGGUGCCAUUGAGGUUAUUCCCGAGCGGUCGGAGUCACUGACAACGGACAUUAAGAAGCCCAAGUUAGAUAAGGAUCAACUUAAGAACAAUAUUCUUAAGGCUAAGGCUACUGCUGAUAAACCUGCGGUACAAAGUUUAUCUGCUAAAGUGACAAGUAAAACUACGCAUUUCGACUAUAAAGUUCAAGAAAUUCAAGAAAUGGCUAGGCGGGCACGGAGAAUUGAGGCUAGAGAAAAGUCUCAAGUUAGUAAAGAUACUGAUAGGAAUGGUCCUGUGAUUGAGGAGUCAUCCAAUGAGAUGGAAGUUGUACAAAAGAAUGAUGAGAAAGAUCAAGAUGAAGUUGAAAGAAAAACAACAGAUAGUAAUGCAAUUUUGGAAUCAGCAUCUGUUGAUGACACAGGAGUUAUUGAUAAUUCAGUAUCGCAUGGGGUAAUUCAGGAUGAAUGCAAUGUGCAUGCUUCAGAUAUCCUAGUUCAAGGUGAUACAGAGACCAAUAAACAGGAACUAGAGUUUACCAAUAAUAGUGUAAGAGCAAACGAUGGAGAAGGCAACCAACAACCCUUGGCUAUGCCUAUUAAUGGCUCAUCUGUGACAAAUGAAAGCUCUGUGGAAAAGAAACCAAGGAUCAUACGGUCUGUAAAGGAAGCUAGGGAGUAUCUUUCAAAGAAACAUGACAAACAAGAUCCUGAUACUGUAUCAACAAAUUUUGAACAUGUGAAAGAGGAUUACGAUUCUAUGCCCUCGAGUAAUAUUGACUUUAAUGGCCAAACAUCGGAGAUGAAUGGAAUUGUGUCCAGAACUGAUGAUUUAAGUGAAAUAUCAGAUUCUAAGUCUUUAACAAAUUCUGCUGAAGAUUCUGAUCAUGCGGAUAAGGAAUUUGGUCCAACAAUGAAAGAAAACCCUGACACCGGUAUUGAAUCUGGAGGAGACCUUCAAAAUUCUGAGACUACCUUAGAAAGUGAAGUUAACGGCACUAGUGCAGAUAUAACGCUAUCUAUAAAGGCAGAAAAUCAGCUAGAGGAAAACUUAAAUGAAGAUGAGCUCAUGAGCAAUCAAACUAUAAGUGAUUCUUUGAAUGAAACAUCAGAAUCUAAACCUGCCAUAAAUGCCAGUGAAGAUUCUAAUCAGAACAAUAAGGAAUUCAACCUGGCAAAGGAUGUCUACAAAGACUUAGGUUUUGAACUUGAAGCAGAAGAACUUCGAAAGUCUGAGAUCACUUUAGAUCAUGAAGUUAAUGUUGGUAGCACAGAGAAAAGGGCAUCUGCAAAGACAGAAAAUUGGCUGGAGAAAAACUUCCAUGAAGUUGAGCCCAUACUUAAGCAAAUUGGAGAAGGGUUUAGAGAUAAUUACAUGGUUGCAAGAGAGAGAGUUGAUCAACCUCUAGGUAUUCCCACUGAGAUGGAAUCACUCGGAUUUGAAGAUGGUGGAGAACUUGAUUGGAUGCAAGAUGAUCAUCUUAGGGACAUUGUUUUUCGAGUCCGAGAUAAUGAACUAUCUGGACGAGAUCCAUUUUAUUCGAUGAAUGCUGAAGAUAAAGAAGCCUUCUUCAGAGGUCUUGAGAAGAAAGUGGAAAUAGAAAAUAAAAAACUCUCUCACAUCCAUGAAUGGCUCCAUGCAAAUAUUGAGAAUCUUGAUUAUGGAGCAGAUGGCAUUAGUAUAUAUGAUCCACCGGAGAAAAUAAUUCCCCGUUGGAAAGGACCCCCUGUGGAGAAAGUUCCGGAGUUUCUAAAUCAAUUCCUAGAACAAAGAAAGACAAAUUCCACCCAAAAUUUGAACCCUGUGAAGAAGGAUGAAAAUCUCUCUACAAAAGUAUCAGCACAUUCAUCUUCAAAAGAAAAGGUUGAUGGUUCUAAAGCACCAAGUAAGAAGUUGAAAAAACCGAGGACUAUUAUUGAAGGAAGUGAUGGAUCUGUGAAAGUUGGCAAAAAGUCAGGGAAGGAAUAUUGGCAGCACACAAAGAAAUGGUCCCAAGGUUUUCUGGAUUCUUACAAUGCCGAAACAGAUCCAGAAGUUAAGGCCACAAUGAAGGAUAUUGGGAAGGAUUUGGAUCGUUGGAUCACCGAGAAAGAAAUCGACGAAGCAGCUGACCUGAUGAACAGGUUACCUGAGAGGAGCAAGGGUUUCAUGGAAAAGAAACUCAACAAACUUAAAAGGGAGAUGGAACUGUUUGGACCACAAGCCGUAGUUAGCAAAUAUCGCGAAUAUGCAGAUGAUAAAGAAGAAGAUUACUUGUGGUGGUUAGAUCUUCCACAUGUGCUGUGCAUUGAGAUGUACACAAUUGAUGAUGGAGAAGAGAGAGUGGGAUUUUAUGCAUUGGAGAUGGCUUCUGAUCUUGAAUUGGAACCUAAGCCGAACCAUGUGAUCGCCUUCCAAAAUGCGAGUGACUGCAAAAACUUUUGUUACAUAGUUCAGGCUCAUUUGGAUAUGCUUGGGAAAGGCAAUGCAUUCGUCGUUGCACGGCCUCCAAAGGAUGCUUUCCGAGAAGCUAAAGCGAAUGGAUUUGGCGUCACGGUCAUCAGAAAAGGCGAGCUUCAACUCAACAUAGACCAGCCACUAGAAGAAGUGGAGGAACAAAUCACUGAGAUUGGCAGUAAAAUGUAUCAUGAUAUGAUGAUGAAGGAGAGAUCUGUGGAUAUAAACUCAAUAAUGAAGGGUGUGUUUGGUUUCAGUGACAGUACCACCAAGAGGUUAAAGCGGCGGUUGAAGAAACCCAGAAACUGGUGAAGAGUUUAGAGUUUAGGAUUUAGAAUUAUGAUUCGCAUAUGUUCACCAUCACCUCCAACUUCAAAAUAUAAUUUAUAAAAGGUAAUGGUGGCUUUGGCCUUGGCUUGGUUUUUCCUGUUCUUGCCAAGAGAUGGUGUAAAAUGAUUCCAUCCAUGCUUAAUUUCAUGGUGGUAUAUAGUAGUUUUGUACUUCUUUCCCCUUCUCA